AUGUUCAUGCUCCGUAAUGUGAGCAAAUUCAUCUUUGGUGAUAGCUCCAAAGAAUCCAUCAUCGACAUACCGCAAGGCCAGCUGUACCUCGUCCGCCCACUAUCGCCAAAGGGUUACUCCGAGCUUAUCUUCAAGGACGCUGCUGCCUCAAUUCGACGCACCGGCCAAGAGUUCCAGUAUCAACUUGUUAUCCAGCGUGCCUACGAGGAAGGGGAGGAAGAGCUUGCCGAAGACGACGACGGUCAGGGAGCUAGUGAUUCUUUGGACAAAGACGAGAAAGCUUUCCUUCUCGAUCAGAAUCUCCACUUCCGCUCGGAGGUACGCGAAGGUGGUUCGAAAAUUCUCGCCUGGAGAGACCUAAGUGGCGACGUGGGUGACUUAUUCGAGUUUGUCUGUGACCCUUCUGUUCCGUCGGACAAGGUUGCCACGUUCGAGUUGGCCGCUUUUCAGUGUCAAUACGAGCGUAAGUAUCGCCAAAGCGCCCAGAGAGCGACCGAAGAAGAGCUCCAGGAAUUCUCCUUCCAGGAGGAGAGACCUAUCCCAUCUGCAAGCCCUAUCGCGUCGCCAACUAAGACUCGAACGCAUUCUGUGGCGUCUAGGGACUCCGCCAUGGUUCGAGACGCUGGAUACACUCGCUGUAAGAAGCAACUUGCUGCGCCAGCUGUGACUGAUGAACAAACCAUCGCACCGCCCUCUGCUGCCCAGCCCGAGGCCCGGGAAGUUUUAACUAAGGAAAGGGCGGAGUUGCAUCUCUUCGAUUUCCAAACUGGAACCUUUGUCCUUCAAGAUUCUAACGUGACUGCUACCGUGACUGAAGUUGGUGACUGGAAAUAUUGGCUUCAAAUCAGCGGUGAGAACAAAGAUUGGUUAGGACAGGAAGUGGUGGCAGAUAUCAACCCCGUGUUCAAUUUUGAAUACUUAUCGUUCAUCUUCAACCACUAUGAUGACGCCGGAUCGGCUUAUUCAUGGCUUUUGCGCUUCAAAGACCAAGAAACGGAGGAAAGGUUUCAGCAGGGCUUGCUUCAAGCGCUCUGGGAGCAACUGAACGAGGUCAAAUGGACCAAAGUGAAAGAUAAUGACAAGGAUUAUGUCCUGGAUGCUUUCCAAGACCUCACCAUGGAAGAUGCGGAGGAGGCGGAGAAAGAAGAAGAAGACGAGGAGGAAGAGGAAGAAGACACCAAUGAUGGCCAACGCAGCGAACACUAUGAUUCUGAUGAAGAGCAGGACGAUGUUGUGACGCGUGAUGCCGACGGAAAUGUCAAUUCUCAGCUCGCCGUCGGUUACAAACAUGAUCGCUCCUUUGUCGUCCGUGGUUCAAAGAUUGGAGUCUUCAAGCACACGCCGGACAAUAACCUUGAAUUUUCAACCAACAUUUCCAAGGUCGAAACACCCAAGGGCAAGCUCUUCAGCCCUAAGAAGGUCAUGCUGCACGCUGAAGACUCGAAUCUAAUUCUCCAGAACAACGAUAACCCCAACUCUCUCUACCGGAUGGAUUUGGAAUAUGGUAAGAUUGUCGACGAGUGGAAGGUUCAUGAUGAUAUUCCGGUUGAGACCUUUGCUCCUGAGAGUAAAUUUUCUCAAAUGACUUCUGCUCAACCAUUCGUUGGAGCGUCUAACAAUGCACUUUUCCGUGUUGAUCCUCGUUUGGCUGGAAACAAGUUGGUUGAUGCGGAACUGAAGCAGUAUGCUAGCAAGAACGACUUCUCUGCCCUGGCAACAACAGAGAAGGGAUAUCUCGCCGUCGCCUCCAACAAGGGCGAUAUUCGUAUGUUUGACCGUCUGGGAAUCAACGCAAAGACACAUAUCCCCGCACUGGGAGAGGCCAUAUUCGGUCUAGAUGUAUCUGCUGAUGGUCGCUGGGUUCUUGCUACUUGCCGCACCUAUCUCCUUCUCAUUGACUCUCUGCAAAAGGACGGUAAAAAUGAAGGCAAACUCGGGUUCGAGCGUUCGUUCGGCAAGGACUCCAAACCACAACCCCGACGGCUCGGUCUAACGCCUGCCCACGUUGCUCAAUUCCAACACGAAACAAAGAAGCCAAUUUCAUUUACCCCUGCUCGCUUCAACACUGGUGUUGAUAGUGAGGAAACCUCUAUUGUCACUGCCACGGGUCCGUUCAUCAUCACCUGGAACUUGAAGAAGGUUGUUGCGGGCCGCAAGGACCCUUACACCAUCAAGCGCUAUUCUGAGGAUGUGAUGGCCGACAAUUUCCGCUUCGGUUCAGACAAGAAUGUCAUUGUUGCGCUCCCCAAUGAAGUCAACAUGGUUGCGAAGCGAGCUUUACAGAGGCCAACCCGCGAGAGCAUUGCUGGCCCCGUCACACCCAGCCGUCGCGGCACUCGCUGGGGCAGCCGGCUUGGUAAGGAUGAUAUUGUCAAUUCUCCUUAUUAG